UUUUAAACAUAGAUUCAAACAUAAUAUAUUGCAUCUCUUUGAUAAGAUUUUUUUUUUAAAAUUUCGAAUAAAUCUAUACAUCUCAUGAUGUCUAAUAACUUUAAUCUUAAACUUUCAAUUUGGUAUUGUUUGAGGUGGUAACAUCUCUCGUUUUUCUUAGGGAAAAAUCGAAAAUAUAAAACAAGUAAUUUAACCAUAAAAUAGACAUUCUUUUUCCUUUUUUGUUGAAUUCAACUUUCCCCUUUCCCUUUUCUACCUCAAUUCUUCAUCCCUCCAAUCCUCUUUAUAUAUACUCAUUUUUCAUAUCCAUUAUCAGGACUCUCUUCUAACCAAACCCAAGAACAGAGUCCCCACAACAAAAAAGCUUCCAAUUCCAUUUUCAUCAUCAAAAAAAGCCCACAUUACAAACACACAAAAGGCAUAUAAAAUUGAAAAGCCUUUUCAUUUUCUUAUGGACUUGUUUGGGAAUCACUCUGUUUCUUGUUCCAUUUUCUGUUUCUUCUCUGUUCUCUUAACUCUCCAUGGGGCUUUUGGAGCUAAAUUUACAUUCGUCAACAAGUGCGAUUUUACAGUUUGGCCGGGAGUUCUCUCCGGUGCCGGCAGCUUGAAGUUUGACACCACCGGUUUCGAACUUCGAAAGGGAAGUUCGAGAUCUUUUCAAGCGCCAGCGGGCUGGUCGGGUCGCUUCUGGGGUCGAACCGACUGCAACUUUGAUGGCUCCGGGCGUGGGGUUUGUAACACAGGGGAUUGUGGGUCGGGCGAAAUCGAGUGCAACGGCGCCGGAGCCGCACCUCCAGCAACUCUGGCGGAGUUCACUCUUGGAUCGGGGAAUUCGCCGGAUUUCUACGAUGUAAGCCUGGUGGAUGGGUACAAUUUGGCGAUGAUCGUUGAGGGAACGGGUGGAACGGGAGCGUGUGGGUCGACGGGGUGUGUGACGGACUUGAACCGGCAGUGUCCAUUGGAGCUAAGAGCGGAGAAAGGCGGGGCGUGUAGAAGUGCGUGUGAGAAGUUUGGGACGCCGGAGUAUUGCUGUAGUGGGGCGUAUGGUUCACCGGCAACUUGUAAGCCGUCGAAAUACUCGGAGAUAUUCAAGUCGGCUUGUCCGAGAUCAUAUAGCUACGCCUACGAUGAUGCCACCAGUACUUUCACUUGCUCCGGCGCCGAUUAUACCGUUACAUUUUGCCCUUCUUCUCCAAGCUUAAAAUCAUCAACAGAUUCGUCGCCGAGGACGACGACGACAACGACGGGAACUGCUGGGGUGGUGGCACAAAUGACGCCACUGCCAGAUAGUUCGUGGAUGGCAGAUAUGGCCAUUGGAGGCUCGACAAGAACGUAUUCAACUGAUUUGUCUUUUCUUUUGUUUGUGUUGAUAUUUGGAAGCUCUUUGGUCUUCUUCUCGUCUCUAAAUUUGUUUUCAUCUUAGCAUUGAAGUUCAAAGUCCCAUAAUGAAGAGAGGAUGGAUUUUGGAGAAACAAA